AGCCAUUCUGCCUCCUAGCUGAAGACGCCAUCAUGACAGCGGAUGGUGAACAUGGAUCUUCGCGGAGUUCGUUGAAUAUGCAAGCAGCUGAUGAAUCUCCAGCGAGGUCAUGUAUGGAGAGGUGGCUUUCCCCUUUGACAGAGAAUGGCUUUCGGAGUGGAAUGCUGACUUUGACGACCACAGCUCUUGGUGGUGGCGUCCUGUCGGUGGCUUUCGUGAUGAACAUUUGCGGCAUCGCUUUGGGCUGCAUGAUCUUGGCCUUGGGUGCUUUGUUGGCAUAUCUUGGAAUGGCUGCGCUGAUGGAGAUGAGCACAAAGACAGGCUGUAGCUCCUAUGCGGCACUCUUCUCACACUGUGCUGGGCACCUGGCUGGUCCGAUACUUGAUGCGUUUCUUUUCGUGUGUGGGAAUGGUGCAUGUGUUGGCUACAUGGUCUUUAUCGGUGACUUCGUACCACCCGUCCUGGCCUUGAUGUUCCCCGGAGAGACGUGGGCACAAGACACGACAGGCCUGAGCCGCACAUGUUGCAUUGCAAUUGCUGCUGUGCUAUUGGUGCCAAUGAUGCUUCCAUACGACUUGUCAAGGCUUAAGUUUCUUCAGCCGGUGUCAAUCAUGGCACUGGUGUACAUGGCCAUUGUGGUAGCAGUGAAAUGCCCACACAGCUUCAGUGUAAAUGUGGGCAAACAUGGCUAUGAGUCCAUCCGCUGGUUCACCCUGAGCCCUCAUUUCUUCGAGGCCUUUGCUUUAUGUGUCUUCGCCUUCAAUUGCCACUUGAAUGUGGUGCCCAUUGCGGAUCAGUUGGUGCGACCAACGGUGGAGCGAACCAAGAAGAUCUCGAUCAGAGUGAAUCUUUUCCAGUGGCUUUUCUAUAGCUUGAUUGGAGUCACAGGCUACUUGUCCUUCUUGGAUGACACCUCGUCUGAUAUCCUCACAAACUACAGUCCGCACGACUACUUUGUGGCGGCUGGACGCUGCUUCCUCACUUUGACAAUGAUGGUGGCCAUCCCCGCGAAUCUGAACCCCACAGUCAGAUCAGGAGUGCAACUGAAGGACUUCUUUUGCAAGCGAGAUAGGCCACUACUUGGCAAUCAAAGUCCUACCAGUGAUACGGUUGUGGAUCAACCAACCUUUCGAAUCACCGUUUCAAUCAUUGGCUUGGCAUGUCAAGCUGCACUCGCGGUGGUUGUGCCACAAGUGGGGACGGUAUUGAGCUUGCUCGGAGCUACAGUGGCUACAGCUAUGAUGCUGAUCAUACCUGCCUACUGUAUGGGUGUGGUCCUGGAGAAAACCAUAAGACGCCAAAUCAAGCAGGCGUUGCUUUGCAUUUGUGCGCUGGUCAGCUUUGCUUCUGUCCCCUUCACAGUGCUUGAAGCGGCGGGUGUCAUUUCGAAGCCUCCCUGAGCUAGCUUCUCUUGCAGACUCGAUUUGAGUUUGGCCGCCUCCAGCGACCCUGGCCGGCCAUGGCCUCUGUAUUUUGCGCAUGCAGUCUACAUAGGAGACCCCGGAGUUAAAUUGCUUGGAUGUAGCACUCAGUGUGCUAGACUUGUGUUGCACUCAGUGUUUCCAAAAAACAACCAGAUUAGGACUGCAUUGUGAAGCUUCGACUGAGUCAUUGCUUCUGUAGACAGUCAGAUGGUUGAAGCAAGCCGUGAGCACCAUUGCCUGUCACUGAAGUCAAGCAGAG